AUCUAAUUUUUUUCUUCUUAGUUUAAGGUUUUCUGGGUUGAUUCUUUUAGUAAUGGGAAUAAUUGCGUUCUUCUUCCGCAUAUACGAUAUUCAGUGAGAUUCUUAGCUGCGGGUAGAGACGUGCCCAGCUAAAAAACGCGUGGGGAGUAAUCCUAUAAAGUGAGUGCCUGCGAUAUGAAAAUCCUUUUGGCGGUGGCUUCUGGUAUCAAUGGGUGGCGUUCUCAGUCGAUCGGUGAAGCUCGUGAACGAGACGAGUCCGGGUGUGGUUCUUGAGAUAACGGAGGUGGAGAGCGAUGGGUGGGGCAGACGGAUUGUUAGGCUCGGACCUGGGGAGAGCAGAGAGAUCAAGGGCAGCAAGUUCAUAAACCGAAGCUUACGUUCUCGUAUUCAUCGGAGCAUUCAUGUCACCGCCGUGCUUCCCGGCAGUGAACCGAAGAUACUGAUCCUUCCGGCUAACUAUUUUGCUGAGAACGGGAAGGUGAUAUUCCGGCUAGAGGAAGGGAAACUGAGGGGUGACCCAGUAUUGAUCUCCAAUUUCUGUCGAUUGAAGUGCUUCGCCUGUGCUGGAGGAAAUUAGGCAACAUUUGUUUAUCGGAGUCGUUAAAGUCGUUGUGCUUGAGUCAAAAGCCAGUGUCAAAACUCCGAAUUCCAGCUUAUUCUUGAGUUGUAUUUGUAAAGGAACCUGUAUUCUCUUUAACAGCAUAAAAGAGAAUUAUUAUUAGCACUUCAAACUUUCUAUAAUUAGAAAGCAAAAUGCACUUAUGAGGAAUGUAGAAUGAGAUUUUUGAAGUGCUAAUAACAAUUCCCUUGUAAAAUUCAGUGUUUGAAUAAUUUGCAGUUACAAAAGGAUUUUAGCUCUUGUUAGCAAUA